GCCUCUGCCUCCUGAGUGCUGGGAUUAAAGGCAUGCACCACUCAUUUCUUGAGGAAGCCAAACCAUCUCUCUUCCUCUGAGAUUAAAAAGUUUGUUGACAAGAGGCAAAUGGGAAACGUGGCAAUGUCAGUUCACAUGUGUUCAUUCAGUGCUUUGGGAAAUGUUCUUCAGAAGACGCUGGCUCUCUGUGGUCACAGCAUGACAGGAGCUGCAGCACUUGGAACCCACAGCUACCCCCUCCUCCUGCCCACCCCCACCACAGCCGCUCCCUCCUCCUGCCCCCUCCCCCUAGUCCAGCUGGGUGGUUGGUGACCCUAUCAGGCUUAGGGGAAGGAGGCUGAGUCAGGGCCUACUGAAGGCAGCUGUGAGACAGUUUAGGCAGAGCUGCAGAGGUGAACCUCCCAAGAGGCCUAGUGUGAUCAGUUUCCAUGGGGCUGAAGGGGCCAUGACAAGUGCAUGAUGGGAAGAGAUGAGGUCCAAAGGGCUGAACUGACAUGCUAAGGGGAUUGGACUUGGGGCUGGAGGGAAUAAGAAGUCAUUUAAGAUUAUGUAUACUUAUUUAUAUGGAGACUUUUUUGGUUUGAGGGGUUUGUUUCGGUUUUGUUUGGUUUUGGUUUGUGUUGUUGUUUGUUUGUUGUUAUUUUGCUUGCAGGUAAAUAGAGGUUGAUGUUGCCUGGGACUUACCUACUUAGAUGUCUUUAAAACUCCACAAAGCAUUUGUUGCUAUGUCAUUUAUUUUCUAAAACCAUCUACUAUACCCUGGCCUUCAUGUGUAUAGGAAGAGCACUGGCUGCUUAUUCCCUCCCCCUUGAUGCCUCUCAGUCAGGCCCAGUGGCCUCCCUGCUGAUCCUAGAAUGUGCUGGCAUGCACCGGCACUUGGUGUUCUUUUUGCUGGAACAUUCUUCUCCAGGACGGAGCCCACCCUUCUGGGGCUUCCCCGAGUGAGGCAUCUGUUCCCCAUCUGCUCCUGCUGUAUCAUCUCACCCCCAGCAGACAUCCUGUUCAGUUGGCCCCCACCUGUGUCCCCAUUGGAAGGCCUGUUCUAGGGAACGUGGACUUUGCUCUUGUCCAUGGCUGGGAAGCUGAGCUCAGUGUACUGGACAGACACUUAGCGCUCUGUGGCCUGCCUGGCCACAUCCAUCCAACAUGGUGGACACAGAGAGCCCCAUCUGUCCUCUCUCCCCACUGGAGGCAGAUGACCUGGAAAGUCCCUUAUCUGAAGAAUUCUUACAAGAAAUGGGAAACAUUCAAGAGAUUUCUCAGUCCAUCGGUGAGGAGAGCUCUGGAAGCUUUGGUUUUGCAGACUACCAGUACUUAGGAAGCUGUCCGGGCUCCGAGGGCUCUGUCAUCACAGACACCCUCUCUCCAGCUUCCAGCCCUUCCUCAGUCAGCUGCCCCGUGAUCCCCGCCAGCACGGACGAGUCCCCCGGCAGUGCCCUGAACAUCGAGUGUCGAAUAUGUGGGGACAAGGCCUCAGGGUACCACUACGGAGUUCACGCAUGUGAAGGCUGUAAGGGCUUCUUUCGGCGAACUAUUCGGCUGAAGCUGGUGUACGACAAGUGUGAUCGGAGCUGCAAGAUUCAGAAGAAGAACCGGAACAAAUGCCAGUACUGCCGUUUUCACAAGUGCCUGUCUGUCGGGAUGUCACACAAUGCAAUUCGCUUUGGAAGAAUGCCAAGAUCUGAAAAAGCAAAACUGAAAGCAGAAAUUCUUACCUGUGAACACGACCUGAAAGAUUCGGAAACUGCAGACCUCAAAUCUCUGGGCAAGAGAAUCCACGAAGCCUACCUGAAGAACUUCAACAUGAACAAGGUCAAGGCCCGGGUCAUACUCGCGGGAAAGACCAGCAACAACCCGCCUUUUGUCAUACAUGACAUGGAGACCUUGUGUAUGGCCGAGAAGACGCUUGUGGCCAAGAUGGUGGCCAACGGCGUCGAAGACAAAGAGGCAGAGGUCCGAUUCUUCCACUGCUGCCAGUGCAUGUCCGUGGAGACCGUCACGGAGCUCACAGAAUUUGCCAAGGCUAUCCCAGGCUUUGCAAACUUGGACUUGAACGACCAAGUCACCUUGCUAAAGUACGGUGUGUAUGAAGCCAUCUUCACGAUGCUGUCCUCCUUGAUGAACAAAGACGGGAUGCUGAUCGCGUACGGCAAUGGCUUUAUCACACGCGAGUUCCUUAAGAACCUGAGGAAGCCGUUCUGUGACAUCAUGGAACCCAAGUUUGACUUCGCUAUGAAGUUCAAUGCCUUAGAACUGGAUGACAGUGACAUUUCCCUGUUUGUGGCUGCUAUAAUUUGCUGUGGAGAUCGGCCUGGCCUUCUAAACAUAGGCUACAUUGAGAAGUUGCAGGAGGGGAUUGUGCACGUGCUUAAGCUCCACCUGCAGAGCAACCAUCCAGAUGACACCUUCCUCUUCCCAAAGCUCCUUCAAAAAAUGGUGGACCUUCGGCAGCUGGUCACGGAGCAUGCGCAGCUCGUACAGGUCAUCAAGAAGACCGAGUCCGACGCAGCGCUGCACCCACUGUUGCAAGAGAUCUACAGAGACAUGUACUGAUCUUUCCUGAGAUGGCAGGCCGUUGCCACUGUUCAGGGACCUCCGAGGCCUGCGGCCCCAUACAGGAGAGCAGGGAUUUGCACAGAGGGCCUCCCUCCUACGCUUGGGGAUGAAGAGGGCUGAGCGUAGGUAAUGCGGGCUCUCCCCACAUCCUUUCUGAAUGGGCACUUCUAAGACUACCUGCUACCGAAAUGGGGGUGAUCGGAGGCUAAUAGGAUUCAGACAGUGACAGACAACGGCAGUCCCCAGUCUGGUCUUAACCGGCCCAAUGUUAAUCAAUGCACAGCACUCUACGUUGCGUUUAUAAUUCGCCAUUAAUUAACGGGUAACCUCAAAGUCUGAGCGGUCUGUUCCCUUCCUGCCACCCUUCUGGCUAUGUGCACUCUCUUAAAUCCCUGAAAACUAAUCUGCACUUUUUAACCUUUGAAAACCUACAAGUCAAGGUGUGGCCCAAGGUUAGCCAUUUAAAUGUGGCAAAAAAAAAAAAAAAUGUUUAUUGGGAAGACUUCACUUGAGUUUCCUGGCUCUAAGAAAGAGAGCUGGCUUCUGAGAACAUUCGAGAAUAGUUUGAUAAGCUAUCCCAUCACUCUCUCUGUGGGCUCACUGUUCUGGAGGGUGUAACUGACUCAUGAGGGUGGGGAUGGGGGGUGGGGAGCAUUUUCAGAUUUGUGUAGAAGAUUCCCAGAAAGUUACAUCUUCAAGAAGCCCUCAGAAGGCCUCCGCUAGUGUCCGAUAGACAAAGACAGGAUGAGCCCUGAGCAGGUAGUUCUGCACCUCUGUUCAUGUCAGACCCUCAGCGUGUGGGCAUGGCAGCAAUAUCAGAGGUAGAUUCACAAAAGAUUUGUAAAUGCUCCUCUAGGCCCCUCCUUUGGCAGCUCCUUUGAUAUGAUACUUUACUGCUUUGUAAAAAACAAAAACAAAAACAAACAAACAAAAAAAAACCUCUCUUGGUGAUGAGAUGCGCUCUCUCUAUCUCUCUGGAGUAGAGAAGGCAAAAGUGACUUCGCUAUCCAGGCAGAAGGGAGCUGGUCGCCUUGGAGAACAAGAGACGAGGGUGUGAUUUCAUCCAGCUUCUGUUUGUACCCAGCAGAAGAGCUCACAACACUUGGUUGGUCUGUGGUUAUUGUUGUUGUUGUUGUUAUUGUUGUUGUUUCAAAGAAUUAGGUGGUAAAGUCCCUUUUCCUCAGUCCCUGGGGAAAGCAGUGCUGGCUACCUUCAAAAGAAACAGUUGCACAAAGGAGUCUCAGACCUCAUGGACUCCCGGCACCCACCCUCCAAGGGGGUGGCUACAUAUUUCAGAGCAGGUUGCACCUUCUACGCUCCCGACCCAUCUUUAGAAAACUGGCCAUCUUCUGACGUCAUCAUCAUUUGUGAUUAAAGAAUGAUCCAGAUGGACACUGCCAAGGAGUCGAGGAUGUAGCCCAGUGGAUGGAGGGGCUUGGUUCCUGGUGCCGAUUUAUGGACAUGGUGGUAGAUGCCUGCAACCCCAGCAGAAGUCAGAGGUCGCCUUCAGAUACAUAAUUAAGUGGGAUGCUAGUCUGUGCCGUGUGAGACCCUGUUUAAAAGAGAAAAAGAUUGCUGCUGACGAAAUGUUCAAGGUCAGCAUUAUGAAAACACUAAUAAGAAUAAUAAUAAGGGAAAAUUAGCAUUGGGACAUACUUUAAGAUUUGCACCCUUACUGACCUUCCCCACUCCCUCCUGCUCUUCCUUCUCCCCUCCUCCCUGUCUUCUGUCCUUCCUCAAACCCACUUGCCCCCUUUGUCUUCCCUCCUUGCUGCCAAUCAAAGGCUCUGUUGGACAGCAGUUGCUGCAGGCAGUCUGCCAAGGCUCUUAGGAAUCAGAGGGCAGAGCAAGUCAUCUUCAUGUAUGAUCCUGGUGAGGGUUGAGCUCAGUCAGGAAGGAGCCAGCCUUUGUGUCACAUGGCACAGCCAGUCCUCAGUGCUUCCAGAGGGAGAGCUGGUCCUAUGUUUGGAAGGUCCCCUAGGAGGACAGGAUCCUGUUCUGGUGAAUCUUAGACAAAUGCCACUCGUAGGUGACCUUGGAAAGGGAGUUUUGAGUCAUGGGCUUUCGGGAUAGUUGAGCAUUCUGUUUGAACUCGCCUAAAACUUAUGAAGAGUAGUCCCUUGCUGUGUGCCUUCAGCAUGGACCAACUGACUGACAAGUUCCGUGUCAGUCUGCAUCUGAGCUGAUGCUCAGUCGAGUUCAUGCAAGUUUCGUUCUCCUGGAGCCUCGUGGGACUGCCAGUAAGCUAUCCCUAGAGAAGCCAGGAGGGACCACAGUGGCCUUGGCUUCAAAGUCAGUGACUCUGUGUACAUGUACCUUCCUUUAUGGGAAGGAUAUUCACAAUGUGGCCACAUGGUGCUAGGACCUUUCAGGUCACCUAGUCAGAUUUCUCAAGGCCUUAGUAACCCAAGACAUGCCAGGUUAAAUACUGUGACACACUUAGGAACUGAGAAAGCUGGCAGCUAUGCUCUGCAAGGUGUGUCAGUGGCAUCAGCCAACAGCCCAAUCAGAGAUGCCACCUUGGCUCCUGGAGCUCUAGAGCAGGGUUGCAAAGCCACUUCCCAGCACUGAUGGCAAAGUCUUAGUGCCAGACUCCUUGGAGACCGAUGGGGACCAGGCAGCCUUGGUGUCCCUCUGCCCUGCCUCCUGUUGUCUUCAAGAGGCUGUGUGACCUAGUGAAGACACAUUCGAUGUUUAAGGGAGCCUUAAAGAUGCACACAUGCAAAAUUUAGUCAUCGACUGGACUAAGGUCUAUCAUGGCCUCCCUUUUGAUCCUGUCUGCGGGGGCUCCUCCAGCCCCUCCCUCCACGGCACCUCUUUCUGCUGGUCCUAUAGGCCCUUCCCCAGAAAAGAUUGCUUGAAGCAGACCAGAAAAACAUGGCCCUUGGGCUCCUAUACACUCAGCUUGCAUCUGAUCCUAAACAUGUCUCACCUUGAGCCUUUAUCUAACACACUAUGUCAUGGGUUAUGUUAGACACUCAGCAGCCAGAUGCAUGGAGGAUGGGGACUUUUGUUCUGCAUCAUUGGUUUGAAAAUGACUGGCUGAACUCCAGUUUAAAGUUUUCCCGGUGUCCCCUGAGAUUAACCAGCCUUUGACCCCAGGGCCUCCUACAGCCAAAAAGCCUGCCACCAUCACUGUAUCUCUCUUUAACCUGUGUGGCCUUUCAAGAGGAGUUUCCACUAGAAAAAUCAGGAACUCCCUACAGCUGCUCACCCAGCAUAGAGAGUAGGUCCUGUUCUCCUUCUACAGCCCCGGGGGGCGGGGCGGGGGGGUGAGAACAGGAAUCUAAACCCAUCUUCAAGUAGAUACCACCAGCCUGAUGGCCAUCUUGGCUUCCUGCUGAGCCACCAGGCACCACUCUGUCCUUGGUCCACAUUUAUAUGGCUGACUCCCAAGACCAGAGUAGGUUAAGAAUAUUAGAGUAAGAGCCUGACUCAGGCCAGAGAUGACCCUUGUCUUUAUCUAAAAACACUAAAAUCUGCAUGGAGAGGUUUUGAUUUAAAUAAGUGGACCACGUUCCUCACCGAGACUCCUCUGUGGGGGGAUGUGUGCUGACAUCUCUGGUUUUACUUCAGUGGAGUGUCCUCCUGGCUCAUCAGGAAAAGAUGUAUGGUCCCUAAUCAGGACAGAGUGUGAGAGGCUGCUGCUGCCUGGCCUGUCACCAGCCUGGGACCCCUGAGGACAUUUUCUCAACGUCAGACCUCAGCCAUCUUACUUCUCAGAAUCUUAGUCUGAGACAUGAGAAAUGGAGGCCGUUGCUUUUCUCCCAAAGGGGAACUUUAGUUAGGGGGGGUGGGUGGUUGAAUCGUGAGGAACACCUUUCAGAGAAUCCUGUGCCAACCAGAAGUGGACCAAACUGCGCCCAGGGUCAGCGUCACGUCUUGACCAAGCAGCUGGCAGCACCUGACACCUUAGUGGCGAUCAAGUACUACUGUUGGCAAAAGGCAAGGAGAAGCACCGUUUUGUGUCAUAGCAACCAGGCUGUUUCGUUGUCUUUUCAUGGGGUCAAAUAUGAAAACCUUGCAGUUCUAUGUAGAGGGAGAAAUAACGCUCUUCUCUCACCUCUUUCCCCAACCCAAACUCCACUGCAAACUCAUUUAUUCGGCAAAGACAAAUGCUUCAUCCCUGGGUCCCAGGUCCCAGGUGGUGAGGGCAGAGCAGAGGCAGGUGGCCCUCUGGGCUCCCUGGUUGGCACAAGGCACUGGGACAUCUUUCCCAGGCCCCUGGGACUCAGCUGUGCUUCAAGUCACACACAGAGCCUGGCCCUGAAGACCAGGGAGUGAUUGAGUCUUUCCUGGUAAAAUUGUCACUUUGGGAAAUUUCACUUAAAAAAAAAAAAAAAAGGCGGGGCCCAGCCAGCUCUUUUGUCAAGCCUGAAACUAAGUGUACCUCACAACAGACGAACGCCACUUGGCACCCUUUCUAGGAAGAUGUCAGUAUUAUCCAUGUUAAGUGUCACGAUGUUUUCUGCACUGAAUGAAAAAGAAUGCUCUUCAUAGCUAUAUCUUAAUACUGUGAUUUUUAAAACAAAAACAAACAAACAAACCACUCUGAUACAACUAGUUAACUAGCUUGUGGUCGUGUGUCUAAUCACCGAUACCUGGAGUUCUCUAAUCCAGGGUUCAGUCCAGUGUAUGUUCAAAGCCUAGCUCUUGAACCUGCUGGGCACAGCAGAAGCCCAAAUAAACAACUGCAGACAGCUGCCCCGGGGUGUGCACCCCUCACCUGUCACUGUCCCUAAGCUGUGUACAAUCUCUUCCCAAUGUGUGAAUCUGUUCCUUCAGUCACUUUUAUUUAAAAACAAAAAACAAGUGCCAGCCAGGUUUGACUGAACCAUGACAGGAAACCGUCAACUUUACAUCAGUGUUUCCGUCAGGGCCACUGUGUAGGCCUCUUAGGCUACUGUUUUAGAGAAUUGUUAGCUAUGAAUUAUUACCAAAGAACGGUGGCAAUUUGAGCUGUUCUGUUGAGUCUCCAUGUCAUUUCCAAUGUCCUGGCCACAUUUCUCCUUGGCGUGUCUUCAUAACUCCAAGAUCCACAAUGUCAUUAUCACAUUGGAGGCCAAGGGGGUGGGGUCUUACAGACACACCUGAGGACAGGCACAUUUCCAAAGCAAGGUCUGAGGCCUGCUUCCUGCCACUUGCUCACUACUGUCCUUGGUGCCAUCCUCUCAGACCUGGGGAUUUGCAGCCCUUCACCCCUGUGAUAACAGGCCUAAAUAGGAAUUAUUGAGCCGAUACCAGCAUCCCCACCCCCACCCCCCAGCUUGUUGUGGAUACAGGGCUAUCCAGGACAUCAGGAAUCAGGGUGAACACAGAAGGGCAAAUAGAAUUUUCUAGUCACAUGAGCUGAUUGGUUCCAGGCAAUUAGAAAAUGGCUGUAACUUAAUCUUAAUUUAAAAAAAAAAAAAUCGAGUCUGUUUUCUCCAUAGGAGACUGAACUGACUGUACGAGUGAUUUAUAUCCUGAAUUUAUGGGAACCCGUAUGUUUGGAACGUCCUCCUGUAAGCUGAUGAAUGUAAAGAGUUAAUUUCAGGGUACAGUUUUGCCUUAAUGGUUUUAAAAAAAAAUAAACUAUUUUUAAAAAUUA